UUUAAAGAGAUUUUUCUUUUGGACUUCAACUCCCAGAAGCCUCAGCCAUGUUGGCCAAUAGCCUAGGAUUGUGGGAGCUGAAGUCCAAAAGCCCUUAAAAGAGCACAGUCCGGGGACCACUGGGAUGUACCAAGAGUUCAGCAAAAGAAGGGGUGUAUUGUGUGUAGCUGCAGUUUUCUCCCGCUUCACAAAGAACCUGCUGGACUCUAAGGAAACACAGAAUUUUAAUUGUUUUCGUUUUGUUUUAGGGCGCAGUGAAAAGACCAACAGUUGCUCCCUCCUCCCCCCAUUCUUAAUGGUUCCGUCUGCAGUGCUUGGUUGCCUAGCAACCGGGCUGCAGGACUUCAGUCUCUUAGGGGGCUCAGCACAGGAAAAAAGUCUCUGAAAUGUCCCAUCACUGUCAUGGUGCCAUACCUGUGGCUGACAUUCACAAACAGAAUGUGGCUUUCGUGAUCUGUGCCUCUGAAAGUAACCCCUCCAAGCUAUGCAUCCUGAAAGAAGUUCUCAUAAAGACUCUCUUUUCAUUGCCCAACAAACUGCUGGACUCCAUGUUCAAUGUUAUCAGUUUCUCUGGAAAGGUGUUAAAAUGGCAGAAUCGCUUGGUGGCUUGUUCCCUCACCACUGUGACUGAAGCAGCUACCUGGGUCAGAGCCCUUCAGAUUAGCAGCACGGCCAACAUCUUGAAUGCUGUGGCAGCAGCCCUGGAGGAUCCUACCUGCCAAGCAGUAUAUCUGUUCACUAGUGAGGUGCCUGAGGGCACAGUGGAGGAACUCUGUAGGCUCUUUAAGGACACCGAGCAAGCCCACCCUGUUCAUACUGUCUAUGUGUUAGAAGGUGGAGAAGAGAGGAAAGACAGUUCACAAAAAAUAUUGGAGAAAGUAGCCAAGGAGUCUGGUGGUUCCUUUCAGUCCCUCAGCCCCAAUGGGGCUUCAGAUGAGGAUAACCCUGGUUGUACUGCAGGCAUUCACUGUUCUGUUUGUAUUAGCAAGCAGCACUCCACCCUUUGGCUGACUGGGCACUGCAAAACACAAUUUCCAUUGGGCACAUGGAGUCCAGAUUUUCCUGAUGUAUUUUUGGGCAGCUCCAUGCAGGAAGAUUCAAAGAAUUGGUCCUCAGAGAUUCACAAUUUGCCAAGGGGAAUCAGAGUCCUAGCUAGAAAACAGAUUGAUGGAUAUUAUUAUCCAGGUCACAUUGUCCAAAUGGUAAAGGGCUCUAGAGAACAAGUUCUGAUUAAGUUUGAACGACCUCAACGGCCACGGAAGGGCAGAGCUCAGUCCCAAAUGCAAGAAACACCCCUCUAUGACAUUAUUGAUUAUGAAGAUGCCAGAUGGCAGCCAUUAGCUCCAGGAGAUGGGAUCCUAGCUCCGUGGGAGAAGAAAAGCCAACGGUAUGGCCCAGGCAUUAUCCUCCAGGUUGUAGAGACUGAAUCAUCUCAUUCAGUCUUUAAAAACAGCAAAGUGCUAGUUAAUUUCUGGAAUGGUCAGACGAAGAAAGUGUCUGCAGAUAACACUGUGAAGAUCCCACAUCCUCUGAGAGAACGCAUUGUCCUUGAGCUUCAGAUGCCCUUAACAGCCAGAGAAAUGUUAGUGGAGCAGUGUCCAGAUUAUCCUUAUGUUGUGCCACCUGGUUACAGAGCUUCAGGACCUUGCAGGCAGAAUCAUUUAGACUGGAUGCAUUGGCAUGAUGCCCCCAAUGUCAAGUGUGCUGGCACUAGCUGCAUCCCUGCCCAUCUCCCCCACUGCUAUUUUCACUUUCCAUCUUGGAAAUCUGCUAGCUGCCCAGCAUGUACAAGACAACCAGGUGAUACCUUGACACAAAGAAUCAACCUGACAAAGGAAGAACUGAACAGGAGAAUAGAUGAGCAGCUUUCAAAGGGGAGAGUUCCCAUUUUAGAAGGAUAUGAAAUGGAAGAGAGCAGCAAACUAAAGAAAGAAAACAGCUUUGAAUUUAAAUCUGGUGAAGAGAUGGAGAGCAAAGUUACAAAACCAAACAAGGACCAUCUAAGCAAAAAUCUAAGGGAAGUUUCUGCCACUACGGUUGAUGUAGCUACUAACACAGGCAAACACAUGAUUCAGCAAAGACAGAAAGGCUUUUCUCAGUCCAGCACAAAGAAAUCUUUGGGCCAGCCUUCCCAAAGAAAUUCUUCUCAGAAAACACACAUCAGAGAUGCUUCCCAACUCCAAGCUAAGCUUGACUGGGUAAACCAGUCAUUAAAGAAAAACUGCUCAGCUAUUGAAUCAGUUUUGUGCCUCAAGAGGAGCUCCAGUUCACCAUCCAUACAGGCUCCCCAUAUACCCAGAGAGGCUCACCUUGGAAUCAAGUCUCACCUGUCCUAAAACCACAGCCGUGAAAACUGCACGGAAAUUCUCAAGGUCGGCUGCCUGCAACUCAGCUAUGAUUCCUGCAUCCAGAAGC